CUGUGAGUAGCUCCAAAAAAAUCAGUGUAUAAUUUUGCAUGAACAUAUCUAUAGAGUCAAGUGUAGUGUUUUCAAAAACAGAUAAAUUCGUCGCAGUUGCAUGUUGUUAAAGUAUGCAUUUAUUAAAAUACGCGCGUCAUAAUACAAUAAAACGCCCACGUCAGCGUUAAUUAAUAAUAAACGUAGAGUUAAUCGGAUAUUGCGAACUAAGAAAGUUAUUUCAUAUAUAAAAUGGAUGGAACCUCAGAUUUAUUUUGGCCGGCGAUGCUGUUUACGCUUCUUGCAGUUAUAGUAGCAGCAGUUUUUAUAGGAAGAAACAAAGCUCCCGCGCCGUCAAAGUGCUCCCAUCAAACUAACGCUGUUGUGGAGGAGAGAGCUGCUCCAGACGCUGGAGCUUCUUCACAGUAUCAUGAAAGCAAUCACCAGGACAUUCAGCCACAAUCUACUGCAAAGAGCCUCAAAGCCAAAGAUGAAACUAUAAAACAUGAAACGGAUUCAAACUCCGAUAUUGUGGGAAAAAUUAGCAAGUCAGAUUCUCCAGUUAACACCUCCACUAGUUGUUGGGGGGAGGAUUCAUCUGAGACUGGGAUAAGGAAUGCCCUCAGGGAUUAUGCGCAAUCAUCUGAUGCUGAGAAGAAUCCCUUGAGGUACAUGGCUGGCAUGCUGAGGACCGGCCAGCUUGAGAAGACGAUGACCAAAGAAGAACUGGAGGAAGAGCAGAGGGUUCAGCGAGAGCAGUUAGCUGCCAUCUUCCAGCUGCUCAGAGACAAACAAGACACGUUUGUGCUUUGGAUGAAUCUCUCUGAACAGUUUCACAGCACAAUUGGCAUAAUUCCUGCAUUGAUUUUAUCACCACUUGGAACUACUAGUUUGUACAAAACUGAAAAACCCAUUUAUUCCACUGAGCGAGAAGUCGAUGUAACACCUAUUCCGGUUCUCGAAAAGAAAAAUUUUACAAAACUUCCAGUGUGGGAUUUUGAAGAUGAUUAUUUGCGAAACAAUGAAGCAAGAAAACCUACCUGUCCAAAAUCCCUUCAAAACACAGAGGAUCUCAAGUUCAAGGAGGCUGUUCUUUCUGACAUUCAGCUAUGGCUGCACAAAGGUCUACUCAACAUAACAGAAUGGAAUCGAUUAGCACACUUCAACAAUCCCUUCGGCUUCAUGGAAUACAAGUAUAAUGGUGAUAACCUAAAGCCAAUGAAAGAUCUGGCGUAAUAUGGGUGUGUAGGAUCCUGCAUGUGUUUGAGAGAGGGGUGCGGCAGGUCGUUAUCUUGAUGUCAUUAUUUGCUUGAUGUCAUUGAAGUUUAGCACUGUAAACAAUGGAAACCAGUGCCUUUUUUUUCUUUAUGUAAAGAAACAUUACGGCUUCAGUGCAAGCUAAGCUUAAAUCAACAGCAUUUGUGGCAUAAUGUUGCUUUUACUUGUCCCGCCUUUUCUUUUCAAGUCACCAAUUUCACUUUUUUAAAUGUAAUAUUGCAGUGUUUAUUAUAAAGGAUUUAGUCAUGCACAUCAUUAUUUUUUUUAAAAUUCACGUGUUCUUGUAACCUUUAAAUAAUAUAACUUCUCCUCCCCCUUGCAACGAUAUUUAGAUUUUUUUUGAUGACGUGUGCAGUGAUCUGUCACUCACAUGAGAUCAAUUCCCAUUGAACAAAAUCAAGUCCCACUCUACAUUUAGGGACAAUAGGGAAGAAAACAAGUUUGUAUCUUCCGUUUCAUGCUGACUUAAAUAAAAGCAGAGUUCUGGGUUAUAAUGGUAGUAAAUAUGGUCAGUCAGUCAGUCAAUAAACUUAAAUAUUCGCUUUUUCAGUACUGCAGCUGAAAAACAUAAUUAAUAGGCUAUGUGUUAACAUUAUUUUAGUGUGAAAAAAUCACUGAUUUACCUUUUUUUUGUGAAUUUACAUCUAAUUUUACAACUUUUUGUCAUGACAGUGUAACCCUGUAACACAGUUUUUAAACAGAAUUAUUGUUUUUAAGUAAGCAAUUUAAGUAAAAAGUUGAGCCAUUAAUUUUGACUCUAAAUGUUUCACUGUAAUCUUGAUUUUAAAAAAGGAACAGCGUUUUUUUUUUCUUUAAAUAACCAUUAGGCCGCAAACACUGUUGAUUGAGGUAAACUUGCAAACUUGUGGUAAAGGAAUAGUUCACCCAAAAAUGAACAUUUGCUAAAGAAAAUUACUCAUCCUCAGGCUAUCCAAGAUGUAGAUACGUUUGUUUCUUCAUUGAAACAGGUUUGGAGUCUUUUUAUCACUUGCUCACCAGUCCUCUGGAGUGAAUGGGUGCCGUCAGAAUGAGCGUUCAAACUGCUGCUAAAAACAUCACAAUAAUCCACACAACUCCAGUUCAUCAACUAACAUGUUGUGAAGUGAAAAGCCGCAUGUUUGUAAUAAACAAAUCCAUCAUUAAGAUGUUUUAACCUGGCUUUCGCCAGUGAAAAAGUUGUCUCAUCUGAAUCAGGAGAGAAAUAUGUGCAGAUUAAACACUGUUUACAAGUGAAGUCUAAAACUGUUCUAAACAAAUAUAUAUGUGGAUUUUGAGGACAUCAGAGAUGGACUCAAGGAAGAGUUAUUAUGGAUUAUGAAGUUGAAUUAUUUAAUGGACUGGAGUCAUUUGGAUUACUUGUAGAUUACUUGUGAUGUUUUCAUCAGCUGUUUGAUCUCUCAUUGUGACGGCACCCAUUCACAGCAGAGGAUCCACGGUGAACAAGUGAUGUAAUGCUAAAUAAAGAAACAAACUCAUCAUCUUCGAUGAAGAAACAAACUCAUCUACAUGUUGGAUGGCUUGAAGGGUGAGUACAUCUUCAGCAAAAUUAAAUUUUUGGGUCAACUAUUCCUUUGGAUGACCUACUGUCCCCUAUAUGCAC